GCUGCAGAUCACGCUAACCUUCAAGAUGACGCGGUCUGUGAUGCGCUACGGCGGCGUCGACAUGCUUUGUAUGUAUCGUCGCGGCCGAUUGUUCUGUUCCUUGUCUGGAAAUCGUGUCACGUUCACUGAAUCGAGCACCGUCCCACGUUACGAUGCGCCGCAGACCCGCCUGCUAGUUUAGUACAAAAGCUACUCUGCCCCACCACCCCUCUGUCUCGUCACAACUCCGAACUUCUGCUCGAUCACAUUGCGACACCAUGGCUGAGGCGACCUCCGCGCAGCUGCCCGAGGGCAUUUUCUCGCUGCUCGAUACGGACCUCUACAAACUUACCAUGCAAUGUUGCGUACUCAAGUUCUUCCCGGAUAUCGCCGUAACCUACAGCUUCACCAAUCGAACACCAGACAAGAAGCUGAACCGCGCGGCUUUCCGCUGGCUGCAGGCACAGGUCGACAAACUCGAGAACAUUGCUCUUUCCGAUGAAGAGUACAAGUUCCUGAAAUCCACAUGCCAUUACCUGAAUGACCAGUACCUUCAUUUUCUCUCGAACUUCCGCCUCCACCCGUCGAAGCAAUUGAAGCUAGUCUUCAAGCCCAUUAACGAUACAGGCUCCGACGACGACCUCGGCGAUUUCAGCAUACAAACUGAAGGCUUGUGGGUGGAGACGAUUCUGUACGAAAUACCACUGCUCGCCUUGGUGAGCGAGGCGUACUUCAAGUUUGUCGAUAAGGACUGGAGCCACACCGGCCAGGUUGAGAAGGCAUAUGAGAAGGGAUCGAAGCUACUACAGGAGGGAUGCAUCUUCUCCGAGUUUGGCACCCGGCGGCGACGCGAUUAUCACACCCAGGACUUGGUGCUCCAAGGACUGCGCCGUGCAGAAGCCGACGGCGCUCCAAAAGGAUGGCAGGGCAAGCUCACAGGCACCAGCAACGUCCACUUUGCAAUGAAGCACGGGCUGAUGCCGAUUGGGACGGUUGCACACGAAUGGUUUAUGGGCGUCGCGGCCAUCACGAACAACUACGAGCAAGCCAACAGAAUUGCUCUGGAAUAUUGGACGUCGACGUUUGGCGAAGGAGUUCUAAGCAUCGCGCUCACGGAUACAUUUGGCACCCCUGCGUUCUUAAGAGCGUUCAAGGAGCCGAUCCCGGAGAUCACAACGGCUGCCACCACACUCGCGUCCGCCGCGGCUACGACAAACCCUAACAACCAGACACUGGCUCACACGGAGCCUCCUAUCCAGGCGGGCAUCGACGGUGCGACUAAGCAGCGGAGGACUUAUGCUGAGGUGUUCACCGGCGUGCGCCAAGACUCCGGUGACCCGCUCGACUUUGUCAAGAUGAUGCGCCAGUUUUACGACGAGCAGGGGAUCAAGGCGAAGAAGACGAUUGUGUUCUCGGAUUCGCUCAACAUCGAUCUGUGUCUGAAGUACAAGGCGGCAGCGGAGAAGGAAGGCUUUCAGCCGACAUUUGGCGUUGGCACUUUCCUGACUAAUGACUAUGUUCAGGAGUCGACGGGCAACAAGUCAGUGCCGCUGAAUAUUGUGAUCAAGAUCGCUUCUGCCGCAGGGCGACACGCUGUGAAGAUCAGCGAUAAUAUUGGCAAGAACACCGGCGACAAGUCAACGGUCGAGGAGGUCAAGCAGCGGCUCGGCUACACAGAGAAGACGUGGGCAGGCGUCGACGAAAGCACGCGAUGGGGUACAGCAGACCAGAAACCUACGUCAUAGUUUGAUGCGGUCAUCAGGUUGUGCACUACAGCUUGUAGAAGAGCAACAAGAUAGAGAAGGGCACACAAGUGCGUGACAUGGCGUUCGUUUGCUUUGAACGGUCGGGGUCGGCAUGCGCAGCCCCCAACUGGGUCGGAUAAGGCUGAGCUUACACUGCCCUUCCGAUUCGGACACGGUUGCGAGGUCUCUCGGGCGAAAGCGAUCAGCGAAAAUCGCAAAGCUAGCCGCAAGAGACCACACGGCGAUAGUUAAUGGAUCAAUGUGACCAAGUGGAAACAUGUGCGCAUCGCGCAUAGGACUGCGCGUUCUGUGGCAACCAGUGUAAGGCGGUGC